UAAACACAAACAUGGCGGCCCACACGUGGUUGCGUUGUGGCAGAAAUAUGGGGAUCUCGAUCAUCUGCAGAGGAGGUGUCUUUGCUUGUUUAAAUUCGCAAAAAUAUUCGAAUCGUGUUUUCCAAACGCAGAAUUACGUCGAAAGGUUCUUAAUUCAGGGCCAUCGAAGCUUUGCAAGUGAUGCUAAUCUAGACGUGGAAACAGACCGAACUGAAGACCGAAGUGUUUCGAAUAAAAGCAAUUUAAAAAGUAACUCAGAGAACGAAGAUUCGCCACAAACGAGGCUACUGAAAGUGGCGAUUAUAGGCGAGGCAAACAGUGGAAAAUCGACAUUAACUAAUUGUCUAAUUGGGGACAAGAUCUGUGCGGUUACUGCAGUACCUCAUACCACACGAAGGCAGACAACGGGAGUUUUCACACUCGGAGAUACUCAGAUAGUUCUGCUAGAUACUCCAGGAAUUGUAAACAUUCCAACGGCCAGACGAUUGAAAAUGAACCGUGAGCACAUGCGAGCUCCGAGUAAUGCACUGCAUGACGCUGAUCUUAUAGCUGUUCUGAUUGAUGCAGCUGACAGGAAAAGGAGUAUGGUAAUUCCCGAAACAGUUUUAACCAACUUGGAGAAUCACACAGACUUGCCGUCAGUUCUGAUCUUAAACAAGAUCGAUAUUGUCAAAACCAAGACCAAAUUGCUUGAUAUAGCCACAGUCUUAAUGCAAGACCGUGAAAAGGAUGAGUGGGGAUAUAAACCGGAAGGUGGGUGGAGUAAGUUUGAGCAUGCGUUCAUGAUCUCGGCAAGAACUGGAGAUGGGGUCGAUGAUCUCAAAAACUAUUUCACCGUGAAAGCAAAGCCUGCUGAUUGGCUGUUUCCUGCUGAUACAUCCACUGACCAGAACUUUGAACAGAUCAUGCAUGAAAUAUUUAGAGAGAAAAUUUUGCAGUUGUAUGAACAUGAAAUUCCCUGGCAAAUCAGGCAGGUGAGUGUUUUGUGUGAAGCCAGAGAAGGCCAUUGGAGAAUUCAUCACAAGCUAUACUGCCGCACAAAGAGCCAACGGAGAUGUGUAAUGGAGACGUUGGAACAAUUAAGACAAUUUGUUUUGGCAGAUUUAGAAGAUACCUUGGGGCAGCCUGUAGAGUUGACAGUAGAUGUUUCAUACAGUGCAAAAGUUGGCUUUCAGACACCUCUUCACAGUUACUGAAUAUGAUUUGUUUAGUGAAUAACAUGUAAAAUAUACAAUCAUCCCGUACAAAAGAGUAGUGCUUGAACACUUGGUUAAAUGUGUGGGAAGAUAGCUUAUGAAUCCUUUCCAUUUGUUGCACAGUGUGUAACCCUUUGACUCCUAAGAGUGACCAGCACCUAAUUUCUCUUUACAAUAUAACCACUAAAUCAAACAUAUAGGUCAUCAGAAUAAAGAAAAUGAUCAACUAAAGACGCUAGCUAUUGAUUGUGAAACAAUCAGCGCCUUAGGAAAAGUAUAGAGACCAUUAUGGAGAAUAUGCAUAGUAAUGUUAGCCUGUAAAGGGAAGAUCAGUACCAUGUAGAUCUUGUAUGCUUUAUCUGCUGCAAUUAAACUAAACUUAAUCUCUAGGGGCAAUAAAUCAAUGUUGAGUCAUAGUUUACUCAACUUCCUACAGACA